UAAAACACCUUCAGCAUCUUCGUUUCUGUAAAACAAUUUUUGCGCUCCAGAGCUUCUCAAGAAAUGAUUUGGAAUUGAAAAGUCUUUUCAAUUUCUGCUGGGAGAAUGGAAUGCUUAACGUGAUUGCAAUUUUUCAAGAUUUCUCAAAAACUUCGGCAUAUUACAGUUACAACAAUAUUGGUGACCCUACAACAGUUCAAAAAUUCAUCUGGAACAAGAAAGAUUCGAGUAUUUUUCCAGAUCGAAUGCGAAAUCUUCAUGGUGCUAAAAUGCCAAUUCUACUUGGAGGAAUACAAACAGGAGUGAUUAUUUCAGAAAACUCUAAAGGUAAUGCAAUUAUUGCCGGCUUUCUGGGGCAUUUGUAUAGUUCUUUUGCUAAGAAACAUAAUGGAAGAUUGGACAUUUCUUAUGGAAACAAUUUAGUUACACCUGGAAAUUUGAAUCAACUUGUUUUAAAUGGAACUAUCGAGAUUGCAGUGUUGGAUUGGGGUGUGAUGUUGCCUGUUGAACCAAAUAUCCCAAUCUUCAAAGUUUUUGUCUUCGUGUUUUAUUGGGAAGCAUUUGGUUUAAUAAUUGUGACAUUAAUUUUGCUGACUUUAUUACUUGGAGUCGCUGCUAAGCUCUCAGAAGGGUCAAAAUUUACCUUCUUCUUAAAUAUUGAUUGUUUUCGUGGAAUUCUUGGACAGUCAUUCUCUGAAGAAAGAAAAGCUUCUGUAACCACAAAAAUAAUCUAUUCGUUGGUUUUUCUUCUUGGAAUAAUGAUGGUAACUUCUAGUAGGAGAGCUAGUGGCACAUUUGACUAA